UAAACCACAAAAUCAAAUGUUAACAGAGAAAACCCUACACUCAUACAGCGAAAGUCGUCCUUCCCCGAAACGACGCCGUUUCAUAGUAGCUUAAGCUCGCAUCAGGAGGUUUCACUUCUUUGUAUCGAAUUCAAGAAUCUUCCUGUGCAAUAACGAUGGCUAAGAGGUUCACAACACAGCUCUUCGUCAGCAGACUCUCUGGUUACACAACAGAUCAAUCGCUAAGGCAGCUAUUUUCACCCUUUGGUCAGAUUAAAGAAGCUCGUCUUAUUAAGGAUUCGCAAACACAGAGACCUAAAGGUUUCGGCUUUGUGACUUUUGAGUCUGAGGAUGAUGCACAAAAGGCCAUGAAAGCUUUGGAUGGCAAGAUUGUUGAUGGCAGAUUGAUAUUUGUAGAGGCUGCCAAGGACGUAGAAGCACCAACAACAAAUAUGAACUCAGUAACAAAGCUUGAUGAGAACACACACAGCCAUUACAAGACUAGUUAAGACUCUUCACCAAAAUCAUUGCAAUUCGAAAGAGUGAAUGUAGUUUCCUGAGUUAUUAUGGCACAGAUUUUAAGUUUCAGAUCAGUUGAAAACUCGAGAUUUAAUUCUGUUGUAGGUUGAGAAUAUUCAACUCUGAUCAGUAUCUGCUUCCGAGUAACUGAACAAAGGACAGGCAAAAUCAACUUAAGACGUGUGUAUGUGACUCUAUAAAAGUAGUAAAACGUGUUGUUCGAAUGGAAUGUAUGCACUUGAAUUGUUUGUGUACAGGCACAGAGCCAUAGAAGAAGAUAAUCAUUACAACAUUACAAGCAUCUUCAAAACAAGUUCAUUAGUAUCGAGACUAAGCCUUGCAGAGGUGUUUACACUUACCGUGGCUGCUCUUUCACACAUAGAUAGGAACCGAGUCCUUUAACUGUUCUACGUCAUACAAAUGAUCUAAACCUAACAGAUAAAUAUGAAAAAUGAACGUAUAUGGGAACAUUUGAUAUUUUCUUUUUUAAGAUUGAAAUGUUUUCUAAACUUAAUUAAAGUGUACGAUAAACGAUUUGCUAUAGAUUAUUAGCAGAGAUUUGCAAGAUUUUAUAAAUUAUAAAAUAGAACAAUGGAUCUGAGGAGGAAUCAAACCCAAAUUACAUAAUUAAAAAAAAAAAAAAAAAA